ACUGUGCUUUUAAAAGGAUCAGCUUGAAAGUUUAAUGGGAUUACUGGAACUAACCAUGCCGGAAAAUCUCUUCGUAGAAUCGGAGUUACUUCAACAGAAGAAAUAUAACGCCGGAGAUGAAGCCGGAAUUGUCUUCCCGACUGUUUUAAUCCCUAGUCCAAAGUUUGGUGAUCGUAAUCUGAAGGAAGCCAUCCGCGAUCAGAAGCCAUGGCUGGAAUCUGUGCUCCACAAGAACGGUGCGAUUCUGUUCCGAGGUUUCUCUUCCGUUUCAUCUGCUUCCGACUUCAACGACGUCGUUGAAGCUUUCGGUUACGACGAACUUCCGUAUGUGGGUGGCGCUGCCCCUCGCACCAACGUCGUCGGUCGUGUUUUCACUUCGAACGAGUCUCCUCCUGAUCAGAAGAUUCCCUUCCAUCACGAAAUGGCUCAGGUUCCUAAGUUUCCAUUGAAGGUGUUCUUCUUUUGCGAAGUGGAACCAAAAAUUGGGGGAGAAACACCUAUAGUACUCAGCCACGUGAUCUACGAUAAGAUGAAACAGAAAUACCCUGAGUUUGUUGAUCGAUUGGAAGAACACGGAUUGCUCUACACAAGAGUGCUAGGGGAAGAUGAUGAUCCUUCAUCCCCAAUCGGUCGAGGAUGGGUCUCCACAUUCUUAACCAAAGACAAAGCCAUCGCUGCAGAAAGGGCUGCGAAGCUCGGAAUGAAGCUCGAAUGGACAAACGAUGGAUUGAAAACAGUAAUGGGACCAAUUCCAGCAAUCAAAUUUGACGAACUAAGAAAACGCAAGAUCUGGUUCAAUAGCAUGGUGGCGGCGUAUACUGGUUGGGAAGAUGCAAGAAAUGAUCCGGUGAAAGCUGUGACAUUUGGUGAUGGAACACCGUUGCCGGCAAAUGUCAUACACGAUUGCCUGAAAAUCCUGGAGGAGGAAAGCGUUGCUGUUCCAUGGCAGAAAGGUGACGUUUUGCUGCUGGACAAUUUGGCGGUGCUUCAUGCCCGGCGGCCAUUUGAGCCACCGCGAAGGGUGUUGGCUUCUCUUUGUACGUGAUGGGAGAAUAGAAUACUGGUUUGUUUCCCUAUGAAAAAGGAACUGCAUUUGCAUUUGCAAUUUUUCAUCCUUGUUUUAAUCUUAUAUGAAAUAUGUUGAGUUUGAUUUGUAA